AUAGUGCAAAAUUAGCAUCACCACAAACAAAAAGAAAAAAAGGCUAAAAUGGCUACUUCUGGAAUUCAACAAUCUGCAUUUGCUGGCCAAACAGCUCUUAAGUCACAGAAUGAACUCGUUAGGAAGAUUGGUAGCUUUGGUGGAGGACGUUUCACAAUGAGACGAACUGUCAAAAGUGCCCCUCAAAGCAUUUGGUACGGAGAAGACAGACCAAAGUACUUGGGACCAUUCUCUGAGCAAACUCCAUCAUACUUGACUGGUGAGUUUCCAGGUGACUAUGGGUGGGACACUGCCGGACUCUCUGCUGAUCCAGAGACAUUCGCCAGAAACCGUGAGCUUGAGGUGAUCCAUUGCCGAUGGGCUAUGCUUGGCGCUUUGGGAUGUGUCUUCCCUGAAAUCUUAUCUAAGAAUGGUGUUACAUUCGGUGAGGCAGUUUGGUUCAAGGCUGGAUCUCAGAUUUUCUCAGAAGGAGGUCUUGAUUACCUUGGUAACCCAAACCUCGUCCACGCCCAGAGCAUCCUCGCUAUCUGGGCCUGCCAAGUUGUCCUUAUGGGCUUUGUGGAAGGAUACAGAGUUGGUGGAGGCCCACUAGGUGAAGGCCUUGACAAGAUCUACCCCGGAGGUGCCUUUGACCCUCUUGGCCUCGCUGAUGAUCCAGAGGCAUUUGCUGAGUUGAAGGUCAAGGAAAUCAAGAAUGGACGAUUGGCUAUGUUCUCAAUGUUUGGUUUCUUUGUUCAAGCUAUUGUCACGGGAAAGGGACCAAUUGAGAACCUUUUUGACCACGUCGCUGACCCUGUGGCUAACAAUGCUUGGGCUUUUGCUACAAACUUUGUACCCGGAAAAUGAAUUUAGUAAUGUAUAAAAAUUGUGGGCUACUCCAUGUUGUU